UGUGGAUCUUUCGUAGUAGUGAGUGUGCGGCUGGUGUUGGUGUUGGUUGAGAUAUACGAUUCGUACUCGAUCUCUGCUUUGUGCUACAUUAACACGACCACAAAUCGACAAGCUCUCCCGAUAGUCGAUCAUAUUUUGUGGGAAGUUCAUUCAAUCUCCGAGGAGGCAGGCAAGCUACCAUGAGCGACAGAGAUAUAUCUCCGCGAGACAUUUAUGUCCGAGGAGAGUCGCACUCCCGAUCGCGCUCUCGAUCACGGUCCGACCGUGAUAGAGAAGAUCGGCGUAGCAGAAGUCGAAGCCGAAGUAGAGACCGUGAGUCGAGGCGAGACCGAAAGGACAGACGGUCCCGCAGCCGGUCCCCCGUAGGGAGCAGGUACGAUGGAGACGAAGGAAAGCGGCACGCUGGCGAUCGAGAGCGCCCGCAUCCAUCGCGUUGCAUCGGAGUCUUCGGUCUGUCGAUUUACACCAACGAACGCGAGCUCAGGGAUUUCUUCGGAAAGUACGGCCGCGUCGAGGACGUUCAGGUCGUUUACGAUGCCCAGACUGGACGAUCAAGAGGAUUCGGGUUCGUUUACUACGAAUCCGAAGACGAUGCCCACGAAGCAAAGGAGAAAGCGAACGGCCUGGAAAUCGACGGUCGGAAAAUUCGCGUUGAUUUCUCAAUCACGAAAAGAGCUCACACUCCCACCCCUGGAGUGUACAUGGGCCGUCCGACCAGGAGGCCCAAGAGGGGAUCUGGGGGCGGCGGCUACGACCGAGGAAGCAGCGACCGCGGAAGCCGAAGCCGGAGACACACUCGAUCCCCGUCCCCAUACCGAGGACGACGUGGAGGCGGAGGUGGCGGCGGCAGAGACCGGGACCGCUACCGCGAACGUGAGAGAUCAUACUCCCCGAGGAGAUACUAUUAAUACUGUCUUCUUCGACGAACUUAACAUCCAAACAACAUUUCAUCGGCGGUGGAGGAGGAAACAACUAAAAAAGCCGGGGCAUUAUUUCAUUUAUUUUGCUUGUUCAUUGAUCAUUAUCGAAAAGUCGAUGCAUAACACGGAUCUCGUCAUCCCGAAAGACGACCGAGAGCAGUCGCAGAAUGUAUACGCCAUAAAAACGAGGGUGUGGAUACACGUAGGUAACCUUCUCACCGACAUUUCGGAAAGUCCCGCUUGUUUCUAAGGGAGGUUCCUCCUGCGCGAGGAAACUCGAUAUUUUCACAUGAAAAAUGAAAAAAAAACGGGAAAAUCUUCAACUUGUAUUUACCAAGUUUCCAAUAAAGGCUUGAGUGCUCUCCGUCGAAGUGGGACCGGGAGAGCGCCGGCAAAGGCGUUU